AUGCUAGCUACACCAGAAGUUCCCACGUUGGACUUAAAUGUAUAUGAGCCUGCUGAGGACUCUUUCCUACUUCUAGACUGCUUGGAGCAAGACCAGCACUACUUAAAACUGCAUUUAAAUACGUCUGUGCCUAUAGUAUCGGAGAUUGGAGCUGGUUCAGGAAUUGUGAUUGCAUUUAUCAAACGACACUUGUAUCCCUGGGGCAUCUAUAUACCUACCGAUGUCAAUCCACAUGCCUGCCAGGCGGUUCUUGCCACCUUAAAGAAGAACAGUGGUGGUGUUCCUCUGAUAUAUGACGUUUGUCAGAUGGACUGUACCACGGCCAUACGAAGUCAAUGCCUUGAUUUAUUGGUAUUUAAUCCUCCCUACGUCCCCGCAGAGGCUGUGCCUGCUACCCCUAAUACUCUCGAUGACGAAACUUGGCUUGACCUUGCGUUGUUGGGAGGAGACGAUGGCAUGGAAGUCACAUGGAGAGUAUUGAAAAAUUUGAGCUCGAUUCUUGCUCCCAAUGGCAUAGCAUAUAUAUUGUUCUGUGCUCGAAAUAAGCCGAAGGAGGUGUGUCUUUACAUGCGUAGCCAAGGCUGGCUAGCAGAGGAAGUCAUUACUAGAAAGGCAGGAUGGGAAGUGCUUACCGUGGUGCGAUUUGAAAAAGACGAAAAUCAUCAAAAGUAA